CCUCCCUCCCUCUGUUUCCCUUCUCCCCCCGCCGCCGACGACGAGGAGAAGGACCCGCGACUGCGCCGACGUCGAAGAGAGGCUUAGUCUACUGCCGCCGCCGCCGCCGCCGCCGCUGACGACGACGAGAUGUCCUCCCCCGGAGAGUACUACAACUCACUUCCACCAAUAAGCAAGGCAUAUGGAACAUUGUGUUUCUUUACCACUGUACUGUGUCAGCUCCAGAUACUGAGCCCAUCUUUUCUUGCCUUAUAUUAUCCCUUUGUGUUCAAGAAAUUUGAGAUAUGGAGGCUAUUUACAAGCUUCUUUUUCCUGGGCAAGUUUUCCAUCAACUUUGGGAUUCGCCUUCUGAUGAUAGCAAGAUAUGGUGUACAAUUAGAAAAAGGUGCAUUUGAAAAGCGCACAGCUGAUUUCUUGUGGAUGAUGAUAUUUGGUGCCAUAUCACUACUGGCUUUGUCAGCUAUUCCAUUCUUAGAUAUUUAUUUCUUGGGAGUACCUAUGGUCAGCAUGCUUCUUUAUGUCUGGAGCAGAGAGUACCCAAAUUCUCAGAUCAGCAUGUAUGGCCUUGUCCAACUGAGGUCCUUUUAUCUUCCAUGGGCAAUGCUUGGAUUAGAUGUGAUAUUUGGCUCAGAGAUACUGCCUGGCCUUCUGGGUAUUAUCGUUGGACACACGUAUUACUUCUUUUCAGUGUUGCACCCGCUAGCCACCGGAAAGAACUACCUGAAGACACCAAUGUGGGUACAUAAGAUUGUUGGUCGAUUCAGAUUAGGCGUGCAGGCGAACGCUCCAGUCCGACCGGCGGCCAACAACACCGGCACAGGGGCCUUCAGAGGAAGGAGCUACAGACUCAGUCAAUAGGUCUAACCUAUAUAGGACACAUACCCUGUGCUGCAACGACUAUUCAGAAAUGAAAUGUGGAAUGAAGCUGAGUGACACCAACUGGUCAAGCUGGACAGACCUGGACUGUUUAACAGCUCCAGGAAUUUGGAUUACCCCAUCUAACACGAAUGCCGAAUCUGAAAUGCUAUCUGAGUAGCGAGUACUAACGAUGUAUUAAAACAUUUGCUUUGUGCGCAGGAAAUGUAUACUCCCUUGGUUUCCGGAUAUUUCUGGCUAUGAUAUAUAUAUUCUUACGAUUGGAUC